AUGCUCAAGCCCAAGGACCUGUGCCCCCGAGCGGGCACGCGCACCUUCCUGGAGGCCAUGCAGGCGGGCAAAGUGCACCUGGCCCGCUUCGUGCUGGACGCGCUGGACCGCAGCAUCAUCGACUGCCGCGCGGAGCAGGGCCGCACGCCGCUCAUGGUGGCCGUGGGGCUGCCGGACCCCGCGCUGCGCUCGCGCUUCGUGCGGCUGCUGCUGGAGCAGGGCGCGGCCGUGAACCUGCGGGACGAGCGCGGCCGCACGGCGCUCAGCCUGGCGUGCGAGCGCGGCCACCUGGACGCCGUGCAGCUGCUGGUGCAGUUCAGCGGCGACCCGGAGGCGGCCGACUCCGCGGGCAACAGCCCGGUGAUGUGGGCGGCGGCCUGCGGCCACGGGGCGGUGCUCGAGUUCCUGGUGCGCUCCUUCCGCCGCCUCGGCCUGCGCCUCGACCGCACCAACCGCGCGGGCCUCACGGCGCUGCAGCUGGCCGCCGCCCGCGGCCACGGGACCUGCGUGCAGGCCCUCACCGGCCCCUGGGGCCGCGCCGCCGCCGCCGCCGCCGCCCGGGGCUCCAGCUCCGACAGCCCGCCUGCUCGCCCGGCCCCCGCGCCGAGCCCGGAGCGGCGACGGCCGAGCCCCCGCCGCCUGCAGCGGCCUCUCCUGGCGCGCUUUGCGCGAGCGGCCGGCGGCCACGGCCACGGCGGCGAGGCUGGCUCCGGGGGCAAGAGCUCGGGCCGGCACCGCGCGCCGGGGAGCGAUCGGCCCGAGCUGGGCCGGAGCAUGAGCCUGGCUCUGGGAGCUGUGACCGAGGAGGAGGCCGCUCGCCUGCGGGCGGGAGCCCUGAUGGCCCGACCACAGUCCUCGGGAGCCGGGCGGUGGUGUUCGCACGACGGGCUGGAGGGAGCGCCGCCUCCGGCCUUGGCGCAAGCUCCCAUCGGCCUGAGUCCUCACCCCGAGGGCGGCCCCGGCUCCGGCCGCUUGGGGUUGCGCCGGCGCUCCACGGCCCCCGACAUCCCCAGCCUGGUCGGGGAGGCCUCGGGGCCCGAGGGCGGCCCGGAGGCAGAGGCCAAUGCUGUGCAGCACUCGCACUCGACGCCCGGGCCCCAGCCCUGGCAGGCGGGCACGGAGGAGGCCAUGGUGUUGCAUGAUCAGCGGUAA